UAAUUGUGGUAGUAGUGAGUGUGCGCGGCUUUAUCUGUGCGAGCGGGCGCCCCUGGCACCGGCUGGCGGCGGCAUCGCCGGUCCCGAGUCCGCUGCUCUCCCGGAGGAGCCUCAGGGCAGGUCGUAGCUACCGGCGGGCCGUCUAGAUAGUCCCGGGGCGGAGCGGGCCGCGGUGCCGCUCUAGCCGCGCCUCUAUGGUCGGCGCUUCCGGCCGCCGAGCUUCCGGCCGCGCGACUUCCGGUCGCCGCCCGCCGGUGCGAGGUCCCGACACCCCCGCAGUCCGCCCGCGCCCCCCGGUCCGGUCCGGUCGUCGCCGACCGAGGCCGCCGCGGCCGCAAUGGGCGCCUACUUGUCCCAGCCCAACACGGUGAAGAGCUCCGGGGACGGCGCCGGGCUCGGGCCGCGCCCGCUGCACUUCGGGUUCAGCGCCAUGCAGGGAUGGCGCGUCUCCAUGGAGGAUGCCCACAACUGCAUUCCCGAGCUGGACAGUGAAACAGCCAUGUUCUCUGUCUACGAUGGACAUGGAGGAGAAGAAGUUGCCCUAUACUGUGCCAAGUACCUUCCUGAGAUCAUCAAAGACCAGAAGGCCUACAAGGAAGGCAAAUUGCAAAAGGCCCUGGAAGAUGCAUUCUUGGCCAUUGAUGCCAAGCUCACCACAGAGGAGGUGAUUAAGGAGCUGUCUCAGAUGGCUGGGCGGCCACAGGACGAUGAAGAUGAGAAGGAGAAAGUUGCUGAUGAAGAUGAUGUGGAUAAUGAGGAAGCUGCUCUUCUGCAUGAAGAAGCCACAAUGACCAUCGAGGAGCUUCUCACACGUUAUGGACAAAACUGCACCAAGAACCUCAAAGCCAAGUCUGUAGCUGCAGCUGGGGAUAAUGCUGUGGAGGGGACAGGCAAGCAGCAUGAUGGGGAGUCAAAUAUGAAUGGAGAGGCUGACCCAGGGGAGCUUCCCGACCACAAAGAGAGGAAGAACGGGAAGCCAGACGAAGAAAUCACGGGUAUUUCCUCCACCUCAGACAAAGCCAGCGCUGGAGGCAACAGCCCUACUCUGCAGAAGCCUGAACUAGGCAAAGGUGACGAGGCCGUCACCUCUUCUACUGGGGAGGCCGGGCCCUCCUGCUCCUCUACGGGAAAGCCCCAGCGCACAACCAAAUCCAAAUUUUUUGAGGACAGUGAGGAUGAGUCAGAUGAGGUUGAGGAAGAGGAGGAAGACAGUGAGGAAUGUAGCGAGGAUGAAGACGGUUACAGCAGUGAAGAGGCAGAGAAUGAAGAUGAAGAAGAUGACACUGAAGAAGCAGAGGAGGAUGAGGAUGAAGAGGAGGAAAUGUUGUUACCGGGCAUGGAGGGGAAAGAGGAGCCUGGCUCAGACAGCGGGACUACGGCUGUGGUGGCGCUCAUCCGGGGCAAGCAGUUGAUUGUGGCCAACGCCGGGGACUCGCGCUGUGUCGUGUCGGAGGGCGGCAAGGCCGUCGACAUGUCCUAUGACCACAAGCCAGAGGAUGAGGUGGAGCUGGCCAGGAUAAAGAAUGCCGGUGGCAAGGUCACCAUGGACGGAAGGGUGAAUGGUGGCCUCAACCUCUCCAGGGCCAUCGGGGAUCACUUCUACAAGCGGAACAAGAACCUCCCUCCGGAAGAGCAGAUGAUCUCUGCCUUGCCUGACAUCAAAGUGCUGACAAUAAACGAUGACCACGACUUCAUGGUCAUUGCCUGUGAUGGAAUCUGGAAUGUCAUGAGCAGCCAGGAAGUGGUGGAUUUCAUCCAGUCGAAGAUCACCCAAAAGGAUGAGAAUGGAGUCCUGCGGCCCCUCUCCUCCAUUGUAGAAGAGAUGGGUUCCCUGGGCACUCCAGCCAGUGUCUGACCUCAGGGGUGUUGUCCAGCCAAAGGAAUUUCUGCCCACAUUCAGAAACCUGGGGCUGCCGAGGCCAUCUCUGUCCCUCUGUUUCAAGUGGGAACAGCAUUUGACUGCUUGACUGCUGCAGAGGUCUGGCCUGGCAGCCCCUGAGCCACUGUCAGGUGCUGGAAUGGGCCCAGUGCCUCGGGGUGGUCCCAGUGUGUAUCUGUUCUCUCUGCUGACUUGCCCUGUCCCUCUCCAGCUGCUGGAUCAGUGCUUGGCUCCAGACACCUCAGGGGAUGGCACCGGCUGCGAUAACAUGACCUGCAUCAUUAUCAGCUUCAAACCCCGUAACACACACCCACCUGCU